AUGGAAACAGAUACGAUCAUCGUCGGUACAGAUCCCUUUUACAACACCUCCCUCCAUUUAAAAAAAUUAAUUUUCAAUGGGUUCAAUGCUAAGACUUGGGGCAAUCUCUCAAUAGGCAAUGGGCCGUCGGCCAUGAUCCUCUCGUAUAUGCUUCACGGUUAUAUCCCAUUCUACUCGUCCGACCCCCCACAUCCAGAUCCAUUACUGGACGCCAAGUUGAAACAUGCCCCCAACCUCUUGAAUGUCAACGUCGACGUCUUGACGGCCCAUUUUGCCGCCUCUCGCCUGUCCUAUUCCACCCAGGCCUUGCCCGUGAACGUUCUCUUGGAUACCUUGGUCCGACCCAGCCUCGAUAUCGAAGAGUCAGGUAACAUUUCCAAUGUUGAGUGGCGCUAUAUACCUGAAAAGGCUGUCUCACAUCUUGUCUUUGGCAAGCCCUCCGAGUCCGGAGGCCAAUGGACCGAACAUCCCCGCGGGGCAAGCUGGGACAUCCAGACCUUGAGUUAUGCCGCCAUGCUGUCACUACCUGGCUACUCGUUUGCCGAGCAUCACAAACAGCGAACAGGUCAAGAUCUGCCGCCUUUCACCCGACCGACGAGGCGCGAGAUUGCCGAUUACUUUCGUCUUUACCCAGCUGCGGUCCACAUCGACCAGGUCUUUCGAUGUGGGGAGGAUUUGAGUAACAUCACCCGCACUCCCAACGGCUUCUACGUGAAAUCGCAUAAUCUACACUGCAAGCGGUUAGUACUUGCAAGCGGUAUCUUUACCGAGAUUCUACCGCCAGUCCCUGCCCUUCAGCCUCUUCUCCAAACUCAAAUAACCCCACCCGUCCCGCUUCUUGUCAUUGGCUCCGGCUUCUCUGCUGCCGAUGCAAUCAUCUCUGCCGCGCCAGAUCAAAAGAUCAUCCAUGUCUUCAAAUGGGCCCCUGAGGACCGGCCAUCACCCCUCCGUGGCUGUCAUCAACAUGCCUACCCGGAAUAUGCCAGUGUUUAUCGACUAAUGAAGAAAGCGGCUCUGGCCGGGGCCACCAACCAGCGACCCAAGUACCGUCGCGGCACAUCGACCGCAUUUAUAGAAAGCCGCAGCUGGGAGGACAUCUACGAGGGGGUUGCCAAUGUGGACAUCACCUCUGUCGAGAUAGAAGAUGGACUGGCGCAAGUCACAUUUCGCCGAGCUGAUGGGUCCACAUUUUCGAGACCCGUGCGGGGUCUCGUGUAUGCCGCUGGGCGGCGUGGUACCUUGGGUUAUCUAGAUAGCGAGCUUCGCUCCGAAGUACUUGGAGCUGACCGUUCAGACGACACUAUUGUUUCAGCACAGACUCUCCGUGCCAAGGCAGCCGAAGACUUGGAAGUUGCCCCGGGGGUGUAUAUCAUUGGAAGCUUAACUGGUGACUCGCUGGUGCGAUUUGCGUACGGGGGCUGCGUUUAUACCGCAGGACACCUCAUCGGAGAACGAGAGAGUGAGCGGGAGACACGCAGUAUGUGUAGCAGCAGAGUGUCGACCCGACCCCAGUCUUCAUCACUCCCCGUGAUGAACGGGAUGGACGGCCAUGACAUCUUCCCCAACGACAUGGCCGUGGUAACCCGAGAUGAUACCUUGAGCAAAGUAUCAACGGCCGGGGUAAUUUCAUCUUCAAGUUGGUGGAGGACGGUUUCGCGUAUGUGGAAAGAUCUGAUACGAUAA